GCCCAGGCCGGAAGUCGCCUCGCCGCCGCUUCCUCACGCGAAGGCGUGGCGCGGGUCGGGUGGUCCCGCCCGAUGGGCGGUUGAGGAAGGAACGGAGCAGCUGCGGGGACCUUCCCCAAGGCUGCGAGGCGGCGGAGGCCGCGCGGGUGGAGGACAGGAGCGCGCGGGGAGGGAUUCGGAACGCACCUGGCAGCCGGGGGCCGCGGCCGCUCCUAGGGGCGCCAGAGCGCCGGUGCGCAGGCGUGGAGCGGCCCGGCGGGGGCGAGCCCUUAAAGGGGUAGAGGAUCCGGGAGUCGGCGCAGGACCUGAGGUCCCCGGGGGUCGGGGUGGCCCGCGGCGCUAUGGCUCACGUCAGCUCUCGCAAGCGCUCGAGGAGUCGAAGCCGGUCCCGGGGGCGAGGGUCCGAAAAGAGAAGGAAGAAGAGCAGUAAGGAUGUCCCGAAGAGCUGCUCGGCUUCUAGAUCCCAAGACCACAAGGCCAGCACCAUCUCCUCUGGGGCGGAGGCCUCACCUUCUCCCUGCAUCACAGAGAGAAGCAAGCACAAGGCCCGGAGGAGACCACGAUCCAGCUCCUCCUCCUCUUCUUCCAGUUCUUCUAGCUCUUCUUCCUCUUCGUCCUCCUCCUCUUCCUCCAGUGGUGGCCGGAAGAAGCGGGGGAAGCACAAGGACAAGAAGAGGAAGAAGAAGAAGAAAAGGAAGAAGAAGCUGAAGAAGAAAGGCAAGGAGAAGACAAAGGUACAGCAGGGGGAGGCUCUGCCGGGACCCUCGCUGGACCAGUGGCACCGAUCAGCCGAGGAGGAAGAGGACGGCCCAGUCCUGACGGAUGAACAGAAGUCCCGCAUCCAGGCCAUGAAGCCCAUGACCAAGGAGGAGUGGGAUGCUCGGCAGAGUGUCAUCCGCAAGGUGGUGGACCCGGAGACAGGACGCACCAGGCUCAUUAAGGGAGAUGGCGAGGUCUUAGAGGAAAUCGUAACUAAGGAACGACACCGAGAGAUCAACAAGCAAGCUACCCGAGGGGAUGGCCUGGCUUUCCAGAUGCGAGCAGGGCUGUUGCCCUGAGGGCCCUGCUGGCUAAGUGCUGGUGGCGUGGCCUGGAGACUGGCUUCAGAGUGGGCAGCAGGAAGCCCAGUGGGUGCUGUUUGCCUUUCCUCCUGCGAACUGGCCUCUGGCCCAGCCUCCUCUCAGAUGCAGGGGGUGAGGACGGGGUCACUGGCCUCAUCAGCUCCUCCUGCAAGAGCAUCACUUCCCAAAUAUUAAAUGUUCCCUGGUUGGAAA